ACCAUCCCUUGCAUCCUUGGAUGAAGAAGGUAAAGGGUGUGAUAAUGACAGUACCACCUCCCUUACUGUACAUGGGUAUAGUACAUGUGGUACCCUGUCAUCAUCUGCUGGUGAGGAGAGUUCUCAUUGUGAGGGAUCCAUGGAAAACAAUUCUUCACAAUCUUCAGGUCUUGCAGAAUCUACAGAAAUCUUGGCCUCUCAUUCUUUGGAUUCACUAGAAGGCAAUGACAAACCAUUGUUUGUCUUUGCAUCACAGUCGAGUGCGAAACCAGAAAAUAAGGCAGAUGGGACUGAAGCUGAAAUAUUUCACAUUAGUUCAGGAAACCCAGAUGCUGAUGCAUUACAUCAUAGCUCAGCACAAGAAAUCGGCCUUGUCUCUAGAGUUGAGGCAUCAUGCGAUAGCAGUGACAGUGCUCUGCACUCUGACUCAUAUUGCAGAACAUCAGAGGAGGGAUCAUCUAGGAAUACUGAAGAAUUAGGACCCAGUGAAAUGGAAAUGUCUGAAUCUGAGGUUGACACACCAGAGGCAGACCUUCAGAUGAGCCCUAAAGCCCAAGAGGAAGCAAAGACCCCACCAAGUUCUGUAGUGGAAGAUGCUGAAAACUCUGAGAUUGAAGUCAGAGAUACAGAUCCCUGUGAUGCAAUUGUUAGUCAGGAAGCACCUUGUAGUGAUGAAAGUUCUCAGGUUGGCGAUGGGCAUCUAAUUGGAGAACAGGAUAAUGUAUACAAUGCAGAUCAAGAAAUACAGAGUGAAUGUUAUGAGGAUAAUUCUAAGAGUAGCAUGGUAAACAGCACUGGAAGCAUUGUAAAUGAAAGUGCAGACCAUAAACAUGUAGAUUCUCCAAACAAGGAAGAAGAUAUUGAGGGCUGUAUGUCACAGACGUGUAAUGAGAGUUAUAACGAAACAGUUGCUUAUAAGGGAGAAGAGAGCCCAGAGACUGAAAAGAAAAUUAACAUUUCUGAUAACUUGAAAGAUUUGAAAGCAGUUACCCAAGAAAACCUAUAUGUUAAUGAUGUGCAGGAGACGCUAUCAUCAUUAGAGGAAGGAAAGAUAGAUCAUUUAGGCCCAGAGACCUCUCUUUCGAAAAGUUAUACACAAAUGGAAGGUCAUGCUCAUGAACUAUCUCAUACCAAAAAGCUAGUUAAGCCACGUGAGAGUUACUACAGUAGUCUAGAAGUUAUUAAUGUGAACGAGGCAAAUAUUUUUGAUGAAUUCAUUAUAGAAGAGAAAAGUUACCCACACGAGCUUGAGCAAAAAUGUGCCACUGAUAAAAAUGUUUUCUCACGUAUUAAAGAUCAUUGGAGUAGAUCAAGCUUGAAAAAAUACUCCUCUAGUACAUGUGAAUUUCUUUCUGAAGGUAGUGACUCUGUGUUCACAAAUAAUCCUUCCUCAGGUUCUGAUAUGUGCUUGAUCAGCGGUUCUGAAAUGGGGAGGAGCAUUCCAGAUACUCCCUCUUUUAGAAAUUCAGAAGGGGAUGAUUCAGUCUUUCUUCAUAAAAAGGACGCUGACAAUGUUGCAUGUGCCAUAGAUCAGCCUAAAACAGAAAAAGAGGAUUCAUGUGAAGCACAUAAUUCUGUUUCUCCUGUCACACCUCCACCAAAAGGACCACUUAUGAAAAUAGAGGCAGAUCAAAAGUUUACAUUUACUGUGACACCACCUCCACCUUCCUUACUUUCUCUGCGAAAAAUACUUCCGCAUUCACUGACUUCAUUUACUUCAUCUUAUUCAUCUUCAUCUCAGAAUUUAGGAGAAUCAGGAAUUGAUAGUUAUGGCCCUGCCAAUAGAGCAAUUAUUUUCUCACAGUCAGUCGAUUCUACAGCUUCUAAUGUUGAUGUUCAGUAUCUGUCUAAUUGUACUGGUGGAUCUGGAGAUAUUCAUGUGAAUAAUGGUCCUGUGUGUCACUCUCAUGAAGGUUCAGUGUUUAACUACAUGUCAAAAGAUGAUCUGGAUUCAUCAAGUGAUAAUGGGUCAGAUGGUGAAUCUUCUCCAGAUCAGAAGUUCAAUGAUACUAUAGAAGAGAUGGAAAUGAUGCUCAAGUAUGGCCUCAAUUAUGGAGAAAAAGCCAAAUCAGAAAGUGAUGAGGCCAAGGAAAAAGUUCCAUCAUCUGGGGACUUAGACAGCACUGAAAGGAAAACAUAUGUAGAGCUUUCUGGGGUAGAUGAUAAUGAUGAAUUUGAAAGCAUUGUAAGCCCACGGAAAUCAAGUGUAGCAAGCACCAUUUCAAACUUUCAACCAAAUAUGGACUCAACACGAUCUUCUCUCAGGGAAGAUGUUGAGAAGCCUAAAAUUUUUGUUCAGAGUCCCGAAACUUUUGAAAUGAAUAAGGUCAGGUCACCAUUAGUCAUUUCAAACAAGAAACAGAAGGAAGCACCACCUAAACCACCAAGGAAUUUAAAUUUGCAAAAUGUGAAUGUACAGAAGCACCCAGAGGAAGCCCAUGCCAAAAUGCAGAAAAGAAGCCCAGUCUCUAAGCCUGUGAGCAUCAGUAGACUUAAACCAAGUCCGCUUUCAUUAACGCCAAAGGUUUCAAAAGUAGACGCAACUAAAAAGGUUGUGAAGCAGUCAGGACCAAGAGUGGUAAAUGAGCCAGGCUUAUAUAGAUCAGGCUCUCUGACAAAUAUAUAUAGGACAUCAAAAGUGGUAGAGUCACCUGUUAGAACUCCAGUACAAUCAGUUACAGGUUUCAGAUCUCAGCCAAAUUCUCCAUUGACAAAAACUGUCACCUCUCAGAAGAAAAACUCACCAUCAGAACCCUCAGUAAGACUGAACAGUGGCAGGACUGGCCUUCCACCACGGCCUCCGGUUGUUAGAGCCAAUAUCAAGCCAAUAUCAAGUUUACCAAGUCAUCAGAUAAACAAAUUCUCCACACCACAGGGGAAGAGUACAAGAACCAAAAUGCAAGUGUCUUCAGCAAGCAAGAUCCAUUCUCCAUCAAUGAAAAAUCCAAAUAAUCUGAGGUUCAAGCAAGGUAUGAGUAUUGUUAGUCCUGUUGCGAAAUACCUCAAGGAAAAUCCUCCUCCACCCUUGGUUGUGAAUAUCAAGCCAAAGCACAAAAUCAGUCCAGUCAAAAUCCAGUCAAAGAGCCCAGGUUCGCCUCACUCUCCACUUGCUAGAAGCCAGAAUUCGCACCAGCGCCUGGCUAAAAGAGUUCAUCAAGAUGAUGCAGAUGUACAGAGGAAAGUAGCCCUUAGCAAGAUCCAGGGUGACCUUGAUAAGUUAGCCUCCAAGAUGAAUAAUGCACAGAUUGAGUCUGGUGAGGAUGGGACCUUAGAGCCAGCUGAUGGGACUAGGAAACAGGUCCUUCCAAGAGCAAUGUACACUUCAGCUCCUGUUGUUGUGGAUUCACUUGAAAAUAAAGAAAAUGAAAGAACUCGAAGGCGCCGGGAUAUCCCGACUGACAAGCAUCCUGUUCUUGUAAUGAAGCACAGAGGUCGUGUCAAGUUGCCUAAAGUAACGUUCAAGGAAGGCCUGGUAGACGGUUCUUCACCAAAGGGAUACAAGUCUCCUAGCCUUCAAAAUCCAGCCACGUCACUGCUGAAAGAUCGGCAGUCAUUGCGGAAUUCAUUAAUGGAGGUCUCCAUCUAUGAAUCCCACGAAACGCAGUACACACAUACACUGCAGAAGGGAGGAAUCUAAACAUUGGAAAUGCAGAACACAGAAGCAAGGAAUUUAUAUGGACUAUAAGAAAUGACUGAUUUUCUGUUGCCUUUCCAUUCCGAGGCUUUGAAACUGAAGUUAUGUAACAAUUUCCAGGAAGAGGCUUAAUGAGUGACGGUAUGCAAUGAAUAUAUUGUUAGUCUCGCAAGGGAUGCUUUUGCUUUCUCCAGUGAUUUUUAGUAUUCAGUAACCUAGUGAUUUAUUUGACCAUAGCUUUAUAUGUAAAUCUAUUAUAUAUUGGUAUUUCUGUUUUUUAUCUAAGAUUUGUGAGCAGUCCGAAUUAAUGAUUUGGAUCAUGAUGAAAAGAGAAACCAUUAAAAAUUUAGCAUUACUGAA